AUGCCAAGAGGUGAACAUAAAGACAUAGUACCAAAGGGAGAACUUAUAGUUCGAAUGGCAUUGGAAUUGAACGAAAAAUCGGAUUCUCACGCGGAUUCUCAUGAGACACAUGCUACUGUAAGAUGUAACUAUGAUGUUUUGAAAGUUACUUCAAAUACUAAUGAACAGAUUCUAGAAGAAUCAAUAUUUGCAACGCCAAUCAUCACAGAUAAAACUUCUAUGGCAACUGAAUCGACACAAAAUGUAUUAAAAGUCAAUAAGCUACUCAUCAGCGAUGAUGAUGUUCCAAUUUCAAGUGGAAGCAUGGAAGAUAUGGCUAUGUAUAAGUCGCCACUCAUCAGGAAUGCUGAAGAUUUGCUGGAGUUCAAACAACAGUUGAGACCCCGUUACAAUAACUUGGUAUAUGCAGAGUCAGAAUCCAGCGGAGAGAAAGAACCAUUCUCCCCAGACGUAUCAGAAUAUGUGCCUUCUGAGAAUGAAGGCUCACCAACAAGAGGAAACCGGCAGAUGAUCGACGUAAUGCAUGAUAUUAUUUCCUAUGGAAAUUCUGACAAUGUUAUUGAACCAAGCCCAAGUUCAAAUCACAGGAUCUGUGAAGUGAAUUAUAAUAUUCGUAAAGAAAAUUCUGACCAUGUCAUUGAACCAAGCACGAGUUCCAAAUUUGACUCUACAGAUAAAAAAAACAUAGGGAAACAGACUAGGAAAAUGCCGAAGAAGAGUAAUCCCGGUCGAAAAAGGAAAAGGGACCCUGAAAAUUGGAAAAUCAAUAUUAAAAAGCGACAAAAAAAUUUGGGACAAGAAUUCAUGUGUCAGCGAGGCAAACUGAUGCGAAAGAGAGUAAUGAAACCAGGAUGUGAACAGAUAUGCUCCAGGAAAUGCUCUGACAAGCUUUCUGUAGAAAUGAGAACACGAAUUUUCACUGAUUUCUGGGCCCUCGGUGACCAUAACAAACAAAUACAAUUUGUCAGCAGAUGUGUUGAAAGAUUGCCAAGAAAACAAGUUUUAUUAUCUAAAAUCGAAACUUCUAGACGCCACUGGACAUACAGAUAUUUCUUCAUGAUUGGUGCUGAGAAAGUUCAGGUUUGCAAAAAGAUGUUUAUUGAUUCAUUGGACAUCACUGACAAAUGGGUCACAACCAUUUACAAAAAGAUGGAUAUGCACGAAUCUAAUUGUGUUGAACUUGAUGAUCGACGUGGACGUCAUGCCAAUCGAGCGAAUAAGGUACGUGAAGAAAUCAAAGAAACUGUCAGGAACCACAUUUUACAGGUACCGUUUGUUGAAUCACAUUACGUCAGGGCUAGAACCAAAAAACAAUAUUUCGUAGAAACAUUGACAUUUCCAAAAUUAUAUAAGCUAUAUAAAGAAUGGCUACAGGAAAAUCAGUAUGAACCAGAUCUGGCAGCAACAGAAAGACAAUAUCGUGAAAUUUUCUACAAUGAGUAUGAUAUCGACUUUUUCAACCCCAAGAAAGACCUAUGCCCAACUUGUGAUAUAUUCAACAGAGCCUCAACUGCAGAGAAAGGAGACCUUCUGGAAGAUUAUACUUCACACAUAGCUUCUAAAUUUGUAGUGAGAGAAUUGAAAUCACAGCAUAAGGCGAUUGCUCAACAGAGUUCCUCAGUGGUUCUGGCUUGUUAUGAUCUGGAGAAAAUUUUGUCGACCCCUAUGUCGGAAGUGUCUUUAUUUUAUUAUAAAAGAAAACUCGCCGUCUACAAUUUAACAAUCUUCGAUGUAGGAAAGAGUGAAGGAUUUUGCUACAUAUGGGACGAGACCAUCGCUAAAAAAGGUGCUAAUGAAGUCAGUAGUGCUGUAUUCAUGUUCAUUGAAAUGAAAGUCAAAGAUGGAUUCAACAAUUUCAUAUUCUAUUCUGAUAACUGCGGUGGUCAGAAUAGAAAUCGAAUUGUUUUCUGUAUGUACGCCUAUGCUGCAGCAAAGUUUAAUAUCGAUAUAACCCACAUUUUUCUCGAAGUGGGCCACACUCAGAAUGAGGGAGACUCCAUGCAUGCCCUCAUUGAGAGACGAAAAAAAAACCAAACAGUUUAUGUGCCUGAACAGUGGGUGACCAUUAUACGAUCUGCUAAAGUGACGGGUAAACCGUAUGGAGUGAAAGAAAUGGAUCAAUGUAAGAUUCUUGAUUUCAAAGAUUUGAUGAACAAGCAAAUAAAUUUUGAGUGGGAUAUCGAUGGUAACAAGGUUAAAUGGAAUAAAGUUAGGUGCUUGAAAAUAGAAAGAGAAAAAACAAAUUUCAUACAGCUUCAUUAUGACUUUUUAUCCGAAACCAGCCACUACAUCGAUUUGGACAAAAAACCAGUACAGAGAAACUGUUCCACUUGGAAGUCAAAAAUGACCCAGAUUGCGUCAAGAACUGCUACUGAUGUCUUUCCAGCGUACAGUGGACCUAUUCCUAUAUCGAAGGCCAAGUAUAAAGAUUUGAACAGUCUCUGCACAUCAAAAGCUAUUCCCGACAUGUAUCACAAUUAUUAUAAAAAUUUGCAGUAUAACAAUGUUGGUGGUUCAGCAGUUCAAGAUGAUUCAGAAUGA